AUGUUUGCAUAGAAAACUAAUGAGAACUUGAAAGCUUACUGGCUGUAAUAUACAUGUGUAAUAAAAAAGUGACUCUAGAUCCAGGCCCAAAACUUCUUCCUCCCAGAUCAGAACCCCACAGGGGUUCUCCGACUUUCCUCACUUUCCUCCCCAUUUCACUCAACCAAGAACAAGAUACCCAGGCCCACUCUCCCACCUCUCCGCUGGCGAACCCUAAGACCACCAUCUCCACCGCCUGUCUCCUCCGUGAGCAAUCACCGCAAGGAUCAACGCCAGCCACUACGCCAGACCCUUUCCCUAUCUCCUCCACAACACUACGCCAGCCACCGCCUAUCUCCUCAUCAGCUAACAGCCCUUGAAUGCGGUGUCCCACUUUGAGGACUCUAUCCUCCCAUCCAAGAACAACACCUUGAAGACCCCAUUGGCUGUCAAGGAAGGUGUGCAAGAAGCUGCAUUGCCCAUUUCUGAGAAAGACACAGAAGGGUUUCAAAAUUGGUAUUUUAACUUUGAAAUAUCAGAGUAUUUAUCAGGGAAGCUGCCUGGUUGUUAAGAAAGAAAGAAAGAAAGAAAAAUAGCUGAUUGUCGUUUUCUGCCUCAAGGUCCAUGGUUAGCAAUCUGUAGCUCUUCCGCAAUGAACGACGAACAACAGUCUCUGCUUCUCAGCUCUUCUUCUCGCUUCUCGCCUCCUCAAGGAGUGAAGCUAUCGUACGGCACCGCCGGCUUCAGGGCCGAUGCGUCACUUCUCCCAUCGACGGUCUACAGAGUGGGAAUCCUAGCAGCUCUUAGAUCGCUCAAGACCGGUUCCAUCAUCGGUCUCAUGAUCACUGCCUCACACAACAAAGUUUCUGAUAAUGGAGUCAAAAUAGCUGACCCUAAUGGUGGCAUGCUCUCGCAGCAUUGGGAACCCUUCGCCGACGCCCUCGCCAAUGCUCCUUCUCCCCAACACCUCCUUCUGUUGAUCAAUGAAUUCGUGGCGAAAGAAGGGAUCUUGAUGGAUGGGGUCAGCCAGGCAGAAGUGCUUUUGGGGAGAGACACUAGGCCUAGUGGAGAUGCUUUGUUUGAAGCAGCUAGACAGGGGGUCACUUCAGUUGUCGGAGCUGUUGCGACGGACAUGGGGAUCUUGACAACUCCACAAUUGCACUGGAUGGUUCGGGCCCGAAAUAAGGGCAUGCAAGUUUCAGAGCAGGAUUACUUUGAACAGCUUUCAAGCUCAUUCAGGUACUUGGAGGAUUUGAUCCCUGCUGAAAAAAGUAAGUUUGAUGGACUGAACAAUAAAGUGAUUGUGGAUGGAUCCAAUGGAGUUGGUGGAGUGAAACUUAAAGUUUUAGGGAGUUUGUUGAAUGCUUUGGUUAUUGAGGUUCGGAACAGCAGUGAAGAUGGAGGUGUACUGAAUGAUGGAGUGGGUGCUGAUUAUGUGCAGAAAGAGAAGGUUGCUCCUCAUGGCUUUGGUUCUAAAGAUGCUGGGAUAAGGUGCGCUAGUUUGGAUGGAGAUGCUGAUCGGCUUGUUUAUUUUAUUGUACCACCUGAAAGCAGUGGUAGGAUUGAUCUUGUUGAUGGGGACAAGAUACUAUCCCUGUUUGCCGUAUUUAUUAGGGAGCAACUAAGCUUUCUUAAUGAGAAUGAAGGCAUAAAAAAUUCCCACCAGGCCCGUCUUGGUGUUGUACAGACUGCCUAUGCAAAUGGGGCAUCUACUAAUUAUCUUAAACAGUUAGGACUAGAAGUUAAUUUUACUCCAACUGGCGUUAAAUACCUACAUGAAAAAGCUGCUGAAUUUGAUAUUGGUAUCUACUUUGAGGCAAAUGGCCAUGGAACUGUCUUAUUUUCAGAAUCUUUCGUGGGGUGGUUGGAGGCCAGAACUAAGGAGAUUUCUUCAGGAUCUAAUGGUUCAGAAGGGAAAAAGGCUGCUUUGAGGUUAUUGGCAGUCAGUAAGUUGAUCAACCAAGCUGUUGGAGAUGCUUUGAGUGGAUUGCUCUUGGUCGAAGUCAUAUUACAGUACAUGGGAUGGUCAAUACAUAGAUGGAAUGAACUUUAUCACGAUUUACCAAGCAGGCAGCUCAAGGUUAAAGUUGCCGACAGAAAUGCUGUGAUUACAGCAAAUGCAGAAACUGUGGUUGUUAGCCCCCCUGGUUUACAAGAAGCCAUCAAUGCGGAAACUGGGAAGUACCACCAAGGUCGAUGCUUUGUGCGACCAUCUGGUACUGAGGAUGUUGUUCGCGUAUAUGCUGAGGCAUCCACACAGGAAGCAGCUGAUACACUAGCCAACUCUGUGGCUAAGCUUGUGGACCAAUUCUUGGGGCUCGGUAGCUCCUAACACCCCGGCAACUCCUUUCCCUUCCAUCUCUUCCUUUUAUUUUUCAUUUCUUAUUACAACAUAAUCUACUCUUAGCUUUUAAGGUUAUCUAACCAUGGAUUUUUCUAAUAAAAUUUCUCUUGCGUUUUACUUUUAAGGAGGGUGGUGUUAUUCUGUCUGUUACUUCUGCAUAUUGACAUCUCUGACAUGGUGGUUUACAUCUUAUUGAACCAAUUAAUUAACAAAGUUAUGUAUUAUGUUGUGACUA